AUGCCCCCCCCCGACCCCCCACCGAAACAUGCCCUGAACUGCCACCGCAUGAAGCCGGCGCUGUUCACCGUCCUGUGCGAGAUCAAGGAGAAGACAGGUAGGGGGGUCCCGGGCCCCCCUGUCCCCCUCCGCCUGGGCAGCCCCUGUCUGGGGCCGGAGCGCGGCCUGGGCGGGGUCCAGGCACUGAGCAUCGGCCCCCCCUCCCUGUGCCCCACAUGCCGGGGGGCCUGGGCAGCUGGGUCUGUGUGUGCAACAGGACCCUGUGUGGGGGUGUGUUACAUCCAGCUGGUCAGCACGCUGCGUUGGGGGGACCCUGGCUGGGGGCCCUCGCACCCGCCCCUGCGCCGCCCCCGCUACUCACCCCAGAGCACGUGCGAGGCCGUCAUGAUCCUGCGCUCCCGCUUCCUGGACGCCAGGCGGAAGCGACGUAACUUCAGCAAGCAGGCGACCGAGGUGCUGAACGAGUAUUUCUACUCCCACCUGAGCAACCCCUACCCCAGCGAGGAGGCCAAGGAGGAGCUGGCCAAGAAGUGCGGCAUCACCAUCUCCCAGGUCUCCAACUGGUUUGGCAACAAGCGCAUUCGCUAUAAGAAGAACAUUGGUAAGUUCCAGGAGGAGGCGAAUAUUUACGCCGUGAAAACCGCCGUGAGCGUCACCCACGGGACCCAGAGCGGGGGGACGCGUAUCCCCCCUCCCACGGUCGAGCCCCCACUCACAGCCCCCCCCGGAUUAGGGCUACGGUCCCAGCUUCGCAACAGGCUCUGGGGGGACCCCCUGGGGGUCUCACUCGCCCUCCAGGAGAAGCCCCAUGGCUUCCCUGCCCCCCCCCCGACCCCUAGGUCCGGUGUGCGCCCCCCCAGCCCCGUGGGUCUGGCCCCUCAGUGUCUCCCCCCCGCCCCACAGGUGGAGUCUGUGCCUCACUCCAUGAGCCAGGGGCCCUAUGGGGAGGGCCUGGCGCCCGGCCAGCUCUACAGCCCCCGCGACGUGAGGGCUAACGGCGGGUGGCAGGAAGCCGCUACCCCCUCCUCGGUGACGUCCCCCACGGAAGGACCCGGUAGCGUCCACUCCGACACCUCCAACUGAUCCACCCCCCCGGCGCCCCCCCACAUCCAUGGGGGGCGGGGGGGCUGGCAUCUUUUCACGGGAAACAAGCCAAGGUGGUGCCCAUGGGGACCCCCCGACGGCGUCGCUUUGUAGGGUGAAUCCAGAGGGGGCCGGAGCCGAAUCCAGGCUCCCUGGGCAUUUUGGUAUUGAACGAGCAGCACAAAGGUUGUGAGCCUCCCCCCCUCCCCCCCCGACUCCCCCCAUGUGGGGCCAAGACCCCCCCGGCUUCCCCCCCCCGGCUUUCUCACUCUUCAGGGCGUUUCCUUCUCGUCCCCGUGCGCCGGCCUCGCCGUUUUGCCCGGGUUCUCCCCGUUUUCUCAGCUCCCUCGCACGGCCGUUUCCGCCGCGCUCGGUCCGUGUCCAGCCGUCUCUUGCUACCCCCCCCCCCGACUGGCUGCCCCCUGCUCCCAUUUGUGCCCCCCGGGGCGCUGAGC